GAGGCGGAGCGAGGGCGGUGCUCCCGCCGAGCUCCUGCCGCCCGCCGCGCCGCGUCGGCUGUAAAGGGCGGAGAGCGGUCCGCUGCUCCCCGCCAUGUCCAGGCACGUUUUCCUGACGGGACCCCCAGGGAUUGGAAAGACUACUUUGAUCCAGAAAGUCACUCAAGCACUAAAAUCCUCAGACGUUCCCAUUGAUGGAUUUUACACAGAGGAAGUUAAGGAAGGCGGCAGAAGAAGAGGAUUUGAUGUUGUCACUUUAUCUGGAAAACGAGGUCCUUUAUCUAGAGUUAGUUCUGAUUCUUCUACUUCAAGACGUGAAUGUCGUGUUGGACAAUACGUUGUAGAUGUUGCUUCAUUUGAGCAGUUGGUUCUGCCUGUGCUGAGAAAUGUAAACCAGGGCAGUGAUGCAAAGAAAAAGAUUUGCGUCAUAGAUGAGAUUGGAAAAAUGGAACUCUUCAGCCAGGCUUUUAUUCAAGCUGUUCGUCAGAUGCUGGCUGGCUCUGGGGCCGUGGUACUUGGAACUAUUCCAAUACCUAAGGGAAAGCCACUGGAUCUUGUUGAAGAAAUAAGAAGCAGGAGAGAUGUUGAAGUGUUCACUGUCAGUAAAGAAAACAGGAACAACAUCUUGCAGGACAUCUUGGCAGCUGUGGAGUCAUGCAGGCAAUGAAGACCUUUUCUUGCUUGUAAAGCUUUUAUUACUUCAUAACUAAAGCUUUUAUUUUUAUAAAACAUUAAACUUGUGGAUGUUCUAGUCUGUCCUUCCUAUGUAAGCCCCUGAAGGGUCACUAGAGCUUCCUGGGUAAGCAAGGUAAAGCUGCUAUUGCUCCACAAUAUGAAAGUUAAGAUAGAAGGAUUCUUGUUUAUCCCGUUCACAAGCUGAUCCAUUUAAAAAUUCAAUAGAUCUGUAGUUAAUGUGAAACUUCAACUUGGGUAUUUGAAAAAGGUAAACGGUCUGACUCUGAUCCUGUUUCACCACAUAAAAGCAAUUAGCUGCCAAAUGUCUUGGAGAUCUUUGUCUUUCAGAAUGUUGAGGACAUUUCUGUUGGAGGACAAUUCGUGGUCUGUAAUUCCCAUGCAAUAAUGUGCAUUGAGGAACCAGAACUUGUGGCCUUGGUGUGACAGAACAUAACCCUUUUAGCUUCACGAGACUGAGUCAAGUCUUGACGUGUUUUCCAUGCGGAGUUUAUGAGGUCAGGAUCGACCUAAUACUGCACGUGUCUCUGUAUGGGGAUUUUCAAGCCAUUGCAUUUACUGAUACUUUUUUUGUUGUUGUUUAUGUAGUUUUUUUUCCUUACUCAAUCCUGUACACACAUAAUGGUUAGUGGUGAUAUAAAGAGUGAGUGAGAGUAUUAGACAAUGUAUUUUUUUCCUCUGAGGUUUGCGAAUGUAUUCAGGGAAAGUGCUACCACCUAAUCAGUUUUGCAUGUUGUUAAAACAGAAUUCCCUCCCAGGUGCACACUUGUUCACUGUAUGAUUUAUAGUCAUCUUUGGCUGUAAGUUAAGGCUUCAGUUGCUUCUUAACUCUUGUGUUCAGUUCAACAACUGUUAAAGUGAGCAAACUAAAGGCAUUUUCAAGCAUUGUUCUUGUUACUUGUUUCUGUGUAAACUGAUACCAGUAGUUCUAUGUAUGUGGAUGGGAACAAGCAUUUUUUUUUUUUACAGAUGCCCUGGUGCUGGGAGCUUACAGGAAAGAGAAGAGACACUCUGCAUUUGGUUAACAGUCUGGUUCUGACAUUGUCCCUCUUUAGAUGGGAGAAGGGUUAAAGGACACAGUGGCCCUAUUCCUUGACAGCUCCAUUACACAGCUAUUCUGGUCACAUUAAUUUGGAUAACAGUACAGCUUUCACGUCUGGAAAAAAGAGAAUUCAGAGAUCCCCUCCUUUAGGAAUAUGGAGCUCUGGCCUGCUUUUCACAAUAAAAAGCUGUGUCUUCAAGGUCUUCAUAGUCCCCUCAUUAGUACAGGCAUCUGACUGUUGUCAGACAAAAAGGAUGAAGGGCUCCAAAUUCUGCCUGUACAGGACUUGCAACAAGAAGUAGAACUGUUGUGAAUGAAAUAUGUCUAGCUCCUGCCCCAGCAUUUACCAUUCAUUGCCUCUGGUAGCAGUGUCUGCUGCUCCUGCUUUACUCUGUUAUUUACUGAACACAGUAUAAAGCUGGAGGCUCUUGGAAUAAAAAUCUACCCAGCCCAGAAUUUUUGAUGACAUAAAAUUAUUAAUUCUUUCAUGCCCUUGUUUAAUUUGCUGAACAAGGAGAGGAUACUGGCCACUGUGACUUUUAACAUACCGAUAUAUUCAAAAUGGAGUUACUGGAAGGGAACAAGAACUUCAUUCAGAAAGGAGAUGUUUAUGGAAGCCGUAAUCUAAAUUUAAUUUCUGGAAUGCAGGUAUCUAAACUAUGGAGCCUGGGAACUCCUGCAGUGGUUGCUUGGUGCUUUUUGUUGUCUGUUUGUUAAUUUAAAAUCCAAAGCAUUCUUAAGACACCUUGUUAGAUGACUCAAGACAAAGCAGUUUCUUAGGGCUGUGUGCCAUAGACUUUGGAGCAUAAGCCUCUCUGUUCUUGCAUGCUGAACACCUGAUAAUUUCAGUGGAAUGAGUUAAGCUAUAAAGCACGCUGUAGAAUAAUAUUUCUUUCAAUGAUUAAAUAGUUACCAAAAUUUUCAGAAGUGUUAAAGAAGGUCUGACUUUUAAAUCUAAAAUGGAGAUAUUUGAUACUUAAGUGAAGGCUGGGAAGGGGAAUUUCUUCAGGAGUGAUGACAGCAGAGUUCAGAUUUCCAAACUGCAGUUCAGGCAGUAGUGUUAAGAGCUGCAUCACCUCGUGAUGUUUGUUCCUCAUAAGAGUAAGUAUAUUGCCCUGCUCACUGCAUUCCAUAAUUGGACUGGAAAAAAAAGAAUCUUCAGCUCUGCUAAGUUUUGAGCAGCGUGCUGAUGGGACCUUGUUUAGCGAGGGGAGUCGGUCACUGGAACAACUUACCCAAAAUGGAGGUGAAUUUUUCCUUCUCUGCUGUGAAUGAAACAUCAGCCUUUUAAACAAGAGGGUAUUUUUUGCCACUGCCAUUAGUGGCUCUUUUUGCUGCCUGGCUCUAGAUUGGUGAGUCGUUUUGUUUUGUCUUUUGUUGUUGUUGUUGCUGUUCUUUAAAUCCAUCUUCUGAGCUACACAGUGCUUUUAAGAGAAAUAAAGAGAAAUUUUGUGAUCUGUGUUCA